AUUCCUCUUCUUUUUUUUUUUUUAUCGUUCAACAGAUGUCCCCUCAAGCAAGUGAUUUAUGUACACACAUCUUGCUUGAGAAUUUUGUAUUUUAUUUUGUCUGACCUACUUUUUUUGUGCAGUAUGUCUAAUUUUAGGGGACUUGGCUCUCAACAAGCUCCGAACAAUUUAGGAAGAGAAGUAGAGAUUGGACCAUCUUAUCGGUGCUCCAUUUCAUUGAAUGAAGUAAAAGCAUCCAAUGAUCAUCAAGAUCCUGUUUCUUUCUGUAAGAUUGAAGAUGUAAUCUCGGGUGACUUACAAUAUAAUUCUUCGCUUGAUGAUAAUGUUGUCCAGCACACUCGAGGCUUUGGUCCCAAUUUCCAAGCUAAAGUUCUUGGGGAUAUUGACAAUAAACAGGAUGCUGAUAUGGAUAACCAAGUCACUGUGGACUUUUAUCCAAGCCUUCAUCGUGUUUUAGCAGAGGAAAAGGCCAAUAACAAUUUUUUCUUUCAUGGACAUGCUGUAUUUGCGACAUAUCUUAUUGAAUGGACAGACCUUAUUUUGCGCACAAGUCGAGAUACUUUGAAUCAGGCUGGAAUUUAUGGAGCUGUUUAUAUAUCAAGAUAUCCAUUCAACUAUGAGAGAUCUGUAUGGCGAGCUUUUUCUGAACUCUGGGGUCCUCUGUCUAACACAUUUCAUCAUAGCAGCGGUGAGAUGGGAAUAUCUCUGUAUGAUUUGAAGGUUAUUGGAGGGUUACCUAUUUUAGGAAUUCCUUAUGAAGAGUUCAUACCUCUUAACAAAAAAUUGGUUGGUGGCACUCCAUAUCAUUCUACUACUGCAGAGCUUUUAAGGUUCCACACUCAAAUUUAUAACUAUUUGAAGAGUGUCAAAAUUUGUGCCAAAUCAAAUGAUAUAAAUGUAUCUUGGGAGCAGUGGAUAGAAUUUUUCUAUAGAGGGAAAAAGAUGUUUCAAGGUGUGAGACAAAACUCGACUUGUGAGGCCAUAGGAGAAGACGACCAAAGGAAAGGUAAAUCAAAAGUUAAUAUUCACUCUAUUCCAUUGAACAUUUCAAAAGAGGGUAGUCUUGCAGCCUUUCUGUCUUUAUGGCUAAGUCGUUUUGUUUUUCCUACUGAGGGCUCCAACAUUAGACCUGAAACUUUUUAUAUGGCUUCAAUGAUGGCCCACGGACACAAAGUUUCACUUGCACCCUCUGUUUUGGGAUACAUUUAUCGAGCUUUGUAUGAUUCAGCCAUACAUGGCCAGGGGCGAGGUCAAGCCUUCUUACCUAUGCAUUAUGUGAUAGGUUGGUUAGCCGAGCAUUUUCGCCAUCUCUAUAGUGGUUGGGAUUUUAUGGAUCUUCCUCAUUUAAGUAAGUAUGGCGGGAUCCCUGCUGAACGUCGAAGCAUGAAUGGGGCUAGACAUAUUUUAAGGGGAGAGGAUUAUGUUAUGCAUCGGCCAUAUUCAUUUCCCAUGGAAAAAGAUCUAGACUUUCUGGAUAAUGAAGAUUUAUCUGAUGAGAAAUUUGAGUUACUGAUUUCUAUUCGUUCUUCUUUGCUACCCGUAAGAGUGGGUAACGAUGCAUAUUUAGAACCUUAUUAUCCUAACAGAUUUGCUCGCCAGUUUGGUUUCGAUCAAGGUGUGCCCUCAGAUAAGUUUUGUCUGAGUAUUCCUAGGAGGAGGCAGUGUGGAAUAAGCAAAAUUGAUAAAGCUUGGGUUUUAAUAUUAAGGAGAAAUACUGGCAUACACUUUCACAUUCCUAGGACUCUCCGUAUGGGUCAAUGCACGUGGUGGUACUGUCGUUGGUGGGUGAGGAGUUGCAUUCCAUACUUGGGGAGAUCUGUGAAGGCCAUCCAUUCAACAUUGUCCAAGCAACCAUUCAAAGAAGAGGAGUCAAAUUAUGUAAUCAAAGACAUUCGCUUACUUUACUCCAACCCUGAAGAAGUUUUUGAGAGAUGUCCUCCCCAACAUAAUUAA